CAAAAAUUCGAUGGUGUCAAGAGAAUGGCAUCUUUUUGGCGAGACCGAGUUUGGUGAGAUAUUUUCUUCUGACCGCUUGUUGAGGUUUUAUCAAACUUCGGAAAAUAACGGAAAAUACCCUGGAUUUCAUCAGAAAAACCAGUCAACAAAAUUACACACAGACAUGAAUCCAACUGCAGCGGAUCGCGAUGCCAGAACUUUUUGCCAAGAACACGGCCGAUAUCUCUUGGUCACAGUUCGGGCGGAUAGGGCCGAAUGCCGAGCAUCUUCAAUCAAGGCCAAACAUCCAUCCAUCAACCAUUGUCGAUGGCAUUGACAAAUUCUGAUGUUGAACACCACGCAAAAACGUAAUCGGAAUAUGUCGGGUCGGAAAUUAGGGCGGUGAUAUAGCGAGGACGGGUUACACGUCGCUACCAACCACCCUCCUGGUCGUCUGAAGGGGCGGAAGUGCCACCAACUGCGCCUUGCCACGAAAAAAAAAAAAAAAGGAAGAAGCGUUGAGUUGGUGCCUCAUCUCGCGCCGUGGUGAGAGAGACCCGGCCCGUUACAGGGAGCCAAGAGAAUUGUUUUUCCUAUCUUUGGUAAUAUGACCGCCCAUGCCGGGCCUGUCCGCUUGGUUUUGUAUGAGGUGUUGGGUAGUACCGUGUAGGUAUUAAAGGGUUGAUGUUGCCACUGUUUGUUUCGUAGAUGUUGAUCUUGAACUUUUUUUGUUUAUAUAAAGGCGUCCAUCUCACAAUAUCUACCUGAUAAGUAAACAAUCAUCAAGCUACUUCAUCAUACCUACUCGCAGAGUACCAUCAAGAUAUUUCACACAAACUAUUCCUUCAGUACCACAUAUACCACCAUCACCAUGGCGAUUUCACUCCCCCACCAAAGGCCAUCAAGCCCAUCAACCUCCAAACUCCACCAAGCCCUCCUCACAACCCUCUCCCCCUUGACCCUAACGCACACCCACCUCUCCCUCCCCCAAUACCACCCCACCCUCCUCGCCACCGCGGUGACCACCUUCACCAAAAUCUACUCCUGUGCGAUCACACCCUCCCUCCCUCAGCUUUUGUCCGCCAUCCUCCCAGAGGAAACCCUCCCCAUCCUCUUCGACACAACAGGCGCCCUCCUCUCCGGCCUUGACGACCAGGCCAAAACCAUUCUUUAUAUCCAGGCCGUCACCGGGCUAGUCCUCAUCUUCGAACACCUCUGCAAACAUGGGGACAUCACUGCUGGCGUGGUGGAUAGAGAGCUGAGGUUGUUUGAGCAGAGCAAGCAAAAGAGAAGUGUGCUGGAAAGGAUCGAGGAAGGGGGUUUGUUGGGGGAGUGUUAUACCGUCGAGGCGGUGGUGGAGUUUAUUGUGGGGGUUAUUGACGAGCAAGAAAAAGAAGAGGUGGUGAAUGAGGUUGAGAUUGAGCAGGUGGUGACGAAUGAGAAGGUUGACUGGGAGAUGGGGAGCAGGCCGUAUGGGAAUAUGGGCUUGCCGUGGGGGUUUACCAUUAUGGCUUUGAACUAGAGAUCAUGACCGGGAGGGUGUGAAGGAAGGGGAGGAUUAUGUCUUUUGUAAUAUCUUUUGGUGGACUGUAACAUUAACAAAUCUCCAUUCUGGGUUUGGAUAGAUCGGGUUGCUUUGGGGAAAAUGGCUGGACCGUCUUAGAUACAUGAACAGUUAGACUGAUAGAUUUGGGAUUAUGCGGUAAUAAGGGU